GGUAACUAACUGAGGGCUACAAAAUACAGCUACAGCUGGCUCACAACCCGCGUACUGUAGCAAAGGUAGAAUUACAACAAAGAGCAACAUGACAGACAGAAGCGACAACACCAUCAGGUCCAUGAACGCAUCGUCCAUGUUAAAGUCCUUCUUAGUUUUUGGGGCUGUACUUCAUCUAGCCGGCACGAAUUUGAGGUCCAUUCAUGUCCAGCGUGUCUUGCCCGGGCCCGCGAGCAAUGGCGGUGCUGCUGAAGUGGCCAGGCUUGAAGCUGGCGAGCAGACGGACACAAGCAGUGUUGUGUCGGAUGGUACCGCUACAGCUGCGGAAAACAAACCAUUGGAUUGGAAUUGCGCCUAUGAUCAGGAUGAAGAUUUGCUGGAUUGUGAAAGUCGCUUUGUUCCCGCCCUCCACUAUCCAGCAGCAGCAGCAGCACCAGCAGCAGCAACUGAGAAUGCCACAAAAGCAUCACGAUGGUUCUUCUUUGGAGACUCUACCAUGGCCAGAACAUUCCAACAGAUUCCCUUUCUAUCGAGCAAUUGGGACAAAGUCAAGGAGGACACUGACCGAACCAAUCGUUGGAAGCAUAAUUACUACGGAACCACUGAAAUCCAACAAGCAGCCGAAGAACUAGUGCCACCAGAUCCCAUCCAAGGAGAAGGACCCAGUCGCGAACCUGCAAACAUGCGUGGAAUGCGCUGUACAUUCUGCAAGAAUGAGUUGUGGCAGCACAAACGCUUGCCUGUUCGAGCUGAGUACUUUGGAAUGGAAUACACCAAAGACCGGGCCUUUCAAACCAAAAACUCAACCACUACUCAAAAAACAAUCAGGUUGUACAUUCAAAAACAGCACAAGCAAGAUGCCCACACCAUCUGUGUCUUCAACACUGGCUUCCAUGAGAUGAUCAUUGACAAUCCUCCUGUCAAUGGAACCUUACAUGCUCGUAAUGCCAUGUCUUUCAUCCAAGACAUGAAGCCCAUUUGCGAUCGCUUUGUUCGUGUCACCAUAAACCAAGUCCAAAAGCCAACCGGCAAGCACCGAUGGCCCCAGACCUUCGAACGUGUUCAGGAAUGGAAUGAGGCAAUGACCAAAGAAUUGACAGAAUACAAUUCAAAUAGUGAUUCUCCAAUCUUGAUGCUGGAUGUCUUUCCCAAAUCCCUCCACACCCAUCACAAGGAUCACAGUCAUAUGGAUGCCAACACUUUCUAUAAACCGUUGGCACAAUUUUGGAUGCAAUUGAUCCUGGCAUCAAGCCACUAACCAACAAACUACUUGUACACAUAGCCAUCAAACUAUUAGCAGCAGUAAGGAUGUCAACGGUAUGUCUACAGACGCCUAGCUAGAAGAGCGACUGCUUCUUCCUUUGACAGCCGCUGACAAACAGGGAGAGCAGGUGCUCCUCUACUCACCAGAACUAAGGAGUAUACCCGUUCAUGAUGGUUGCAAGGCUCGAAUAACAUCCACCUUUUUACGACUGUAUGGGUUGGGGAAUUGACUCUUUCGAUCCAAUGAACCAGGCUACGAUUAGGCAGGAUCGGCUGUGCCAGCUUGGUUCGCAACCUUACGACUCUCAUUUUGGUCCCUGUUGGCAGGUUCAGAAGCCAGGCCUAACAGGCUGUUGCACUGCAGUGAAAUGCUUUCCAGUGGUGGACUGACGCAGAAGAUCAUAACAUCCUUUUGGAAACACACAAAAAGCCUCGCAGCUGAUAAAGAACCAAAUCCUCGUCCACUGGAGGACUGGCGCAGAAAGAAGAGCAUGGCUUGGAUUCACACAAAGAGCUUCGCAGACCAUGAACCAAAAUUUGCACCAUAGCCUCCGUCCUCGUCGGAGAGCGAUGCAAUCAAGCACAGGCGAGACAACUGGACCCCCAGAGAAUCCUCUCCCAAGGCCCAAGCAAGAGUCAUGAAAACGACGAUCUGCGUCUAAUUCUUACCAAGAACAAGGAUCCAUUGGCAGGGAUCCAUUCGACUUCGUUUCUGGUAUCGAAUUGCUUCUAAAGAGGAAGACGACUUGCUGCUUUGUUGGUCUGUGACAUCCAGAAAGCACAACCCACGAGAGGCAAAAGCUACUGUCUACUCGAGUAGCUAGCUACAAUGCACUCCUCCUCUCUUUGUAGUCGUAUUUAGCUUCUUGUAGCUAGGAUGUUGAAUUCUUUGUUAAUUGUAGCUGCUGUGAAGCCAUGUGCUGCAAGUUCCAUGGAAUUAGAAGUAACAACGCCAACGAAGUUGCAACAUGGUGUAAGGAGU